AUGGCUGAGACGACUUCAUUCCCAGCAUCGUUGAACACCCUGUUCGACGAUGCAUCGCUCAAGGGCCAGUAUGAGCCCGUCCGCUUGGUCGAUGCAGAGGUGGUCCCGAUCCUCGAACUGCCGCUUGCAAAAGAGGUGUUUGGCCAGACUCCCUCUGAUGAGGAUGCCAUCAAGAAGGUAUCCAGCGGUGAAACGUCCUACACUACUUUCAUGACCGAGAAGACAAAGUCCGUUGCCCAGUCGCAAACAGGGGAGAAACGCUCGCAAUUACUGCAUAUCGGCCUCGCGGCUCUCUUUUCCUUUUUGCAGUCCAACGUCACGGGACCUGCAUUGAAAUUCAAACCGGCAGAUGUUAUCCUUCCGUCAGCUCUGCGGUCUGAAGUGGCUACUCUCCGUGGUGUUCGGGACCAGAUCAUCCGUGGGCUUACCGUGGAUGGAGAGGCAGCGUACAAGCUGACUCCCAACGUGGAGCUGUUUGCUGUUGCUAAGGCCAUAUUGGAUGCUGACGUCUUGGUGACUGAUGGCCCCGUCGUCGCAAGGACUGCUCGGAUGCGUGUCAACUUCCUGCACCAGAAGAUGCUUUCGGAAGUUACCAGUACAUUGCAGGAUGUUAUCUACCAGGAUCUGGAUGAGCUGUCGAAGGUGCUGCUUGGUGGGGGUUCCACGUCUACCCCGCAAGAGAAGGGCCGCUUCUUGCUCGAGAGGGCUACAAUUCAUACUCACCAUGGAUUCGACGCUAAGGCCCGUGCGGACCUUGAGCGUGCUGCUGCAGAGAGACAUUUCGAGUUCGCGUUGACUGGACGGAUGGGAAAGAGGACCAAGUUCCAGGACCGUGACAUCAGUCAGCUGGUGAUUCUGGCUAAGAGUGCAGACGACAACACAACUACAGAGAGCGCUGCCCCGGAGUCUGAAAAGAAGGAUGACUCGCAACCUGCUGGUCCGAAGAACCUUGACUUGAACGACGAUACCCUUCUGGAGUCUAUUUCUUUCACCAAGGAGCCAGAAUCUCAGGAGGAGAAGUCGAUGACAGUUCAGGAUGAAUCCGGUCUUUCUCCUACGCUGGCCUCGAUUGAUGCUGGCGACCAGCCGAUUCUCGACGCCGUCGACUCUUCCAUUCUGCUUGCACUGGUGUCAGCAAUUACAAACACUACGCCUGAGAACGGUCUGACCCGCGAGGAAACCCAACCCUACGCCACCCGUGUCCUUGAGGGUGGCAGCUCGAACUGGCAAGUGUAUACGCAGGCAUUGUUGCUCCGCAGUCGGAUCGAGGGUUACCGGACACGAACAGUUGAGAGAGCCGUCCUGCAGAUGCAAGCUCUUGUGGAUCAGGUCAUUGCAGACACCGCUAGCCUCAACGCACAAACUGGAGAAGAAUCUACCGAGGAACCCUCAACAUUCCUUCCCAGACCCGAAAAGUCCGAAUCGGCAUCCGCUGCUGAACGACUCGAGUACAUCUGGCUCUUGAGCUUCUCGACAAGAUGGGAUCUCGAAGCUGAACUUGCCAAGCGCUGGGUUGACCUUGGAGGCUUGCGAACCGCACUUGAAAUCUACGAACGCCUUCAAAUGUGGGCCGAGGCUGCCCUUUGCUACGCCGCUACAGAGAGAGAAGAAAAGGCCAGGCAGAUGAUUCGCGGACAGCUUUACGAACCCACCAAUAAAGAUGAACCAGCAGGCGACAACGAGACAUUCGAGGGCCCAGAAUUGUCUCCCCUCCCCGCAAACGCACCCCGCUUGUUCUGUAUCCUGGGUGACAUCGACACGGACCCAGCCAUGUACGAGCGCUCGUGGGAGGUCUCUGGUCAACGCUACGCCCGUGCCCAGCGUUCUCUGGCCCGUCACUAUCUCACCAUGAAGCCGCCGGCGCUGGAGAAGGCAGAAGAGGCGUACCGCAAGAGUCUUCACAUCAACCGCAUCAACCAUGGCGCAUGGUUCGCCCUGGGCUGUGUCCAGCUGGAGCUUAAACGCUGGGAAGACGCCGUUGACUCGUUCGCCCGCACCGUUCAGCUCGAAGAAAGCGACGCAGAGGCAUGGAGUAACCUGGCAGCAGCCAUCCUCCGAACCUCCAAGCCCGCCGACGACACAUCCGAGGACCCCGUCGCAAACCCACCAGCAGAAGCUAAUGCUGACGCCGACGCCGAUUACGAAACCACGCCCGCACCAGCGCCCCAAGACCCCUUCAGGCGCAAGCGCGAAGCCCUCACGGCCCUCCAACGCGCCGCCCAACUCAAGCACGAAGACCCCCGCAUCUGGGACAACGUCCUCACCGUCGCAGCAUCGAUCCCACCACCUUACACGCCGUUCCGCGACGUCAUCAAUGCCCAACGCCGGCUCAUUGAGUUCCUCGGCCCCAAGAAGGGCGAGAAGAGCAUCGACCAUCCUAUCCUGGGCAUGCUCGUCGACCACCUCGCCACGGUCUAUGACUACGAAGACCUCCUCAUUAACGUGGACGAGCAGGAUCCUAAUUCCGAACGCGUCAUUCGCAGCGGUACUAUCCCCGGACAGAUCCUCUCGCUGAUCGACAAUUCCGUUGUCCCGCUUAUCACGCACUCCCCCUCGCUGUGGCUCCUCGUUGCUCGCGUCGAACACUUCCGCAACCAACCCAGCAAAGCCUUCGAAGCGCACGAGAAAGCAUGGCGCGCGACCGUCGCCUCCUCCGCGCAGGGCGCGUUCCAAAUGGGCGAUGAGAAGAAGUGGUUGGAUGUCGUUAGGGCGACUGAACGCCUGGUGCGCGAUGGUUACGCCAAGUACGGACCUAUGGAUAAGGAAGGACAGGCUGAGAAUGAGGAUGGGGAGAGCGAGAUGGUCGCGAAGGAUUGGCGGUUUAAGUCCAGGAGUGCUGUUAGGGGAAUCCUGGGCAAGGGGAAGGAUUUCUGGGAGGAUAGUGAGGGGUGGAGUCGGUUGAAGGAGUUGCAGAGUGAGGUUGGGACUGGUUCGUAA